AAGCCCUACGGCUCCCCACCCCUCUCUCAUCCAACGCAUGUUGCAAGGCAAGUAUUUAACCGGGGAUCUUGCACUUGUCUGAUCAGGGUGUAGUGAUCCAAGGACCAUCACAGAGCACGCGAUCUGCAUCAAUUUCACAACUAAUUUUCAAAAUGAUUUCGGUUCUUCUAAUCGGUGCGGUAGCCGUUCAGGCAAUCAUGGCGGCGCCCCAGGGUUCGGCCAAACAGCAAGUUCCUAUUGUAGCUCAAGACCAAGAUAUCAACUUUGAUGGAACAUACCAUUACAGUUUCGAAGGCGGAGACGGUACCCGUGCCACCCAAGACGGCGUCUUGAAGCAGACUCCGGAUGGCGCCGGCGAAGUGUCACAGGGCUCCUUUUCGUACGUGGGUGAUGACGGCAAAACGUACGGACUCACGUACACAGCUGACGAGAACGGCUACCAGCCUUCCGGAGACCAUCUUCCCGUUGCUCCACCCAUCCCACCAGCAAUCGCCAAGGCUCUCGCCUACCUCGCUACCAAACCUCCUUCCAAAGAUGACCAGUAGAGGGCAGUCGUGACUAGCGUGUCUGUAUGGUCACUGUAUGCAAAACUGAUGCACCUUGGAGAGUACCUUCCAUCAGAAAGUAUCGAUAAUUAAAUCGAUUAUUUCCUCAAACAUUAUCGAUAUAAAACUAUCGAUUUUUCAAUCUAAUAAAAUCGAUAGAUUGGUUAUUCAAAGCUUUCAUCUAAAGAACACACUCAAAAGAGUGCUCGAUUCUUUGUAUUUCUUCCACAGAAUAGAAGUUCCGAUUCUCAGUUCCUCUAAACAAUGUUCUCCAAGAUGAACUAUCUCCGGAACAGAGCCUAGAAGUGAAAAAUACAGCAGAAAUAAUGUUAGUCUUGCAUCGAAUUAUGCUUAUUUAUUUAUAUUCUUUAAUGAUAUGACAUAUUAUAAAGAUUUUGUGAUAUGUUUUGAAUAUUCUAAUUGGCAAUAAUUGGCAAUAAAUGAAUUUCACGUUAUUAAAUUCUCAUCACCUGAGAGCAGGAGAUGAUUGUAGCUAUCAUAGAAGCAACUAACUCCAUAUUUAUACUCUCUUUCAAAAUCAUGAGAUUUUUAGAAUCUACUCUUCAAAGACUGAAUAUCAGUCCUAACUUUUAGGGUUACUGGAACAUGAAUUCUCUUAACUGAAAUUCGAGUUUGAAGCAGCUAUAUUCUAUAUUUAUUCAAUUUGUGAAUGUAGAACGAUAAUUAUGAAUCUUUGAAUCUAUAUCUUCCCUCCAAACUCAAACUGACGUUUUGAACUACAUGUAUGUGUGAAUGUUCUAUUUUCUAACAAACCAUCCUCUUAAAAUAACCUGUAAAUAAAUAAAAGUUUUUGUAUCAAUGAGA